AUGUGUAGAGCUAGUGGGUUUCCAUUGGCUAAAUGGCAUAAUAACUGCGAGGAGUUUCUCCUGCGACUCUCACCUGACAGUAUUUCUCGAGGUCAGCGUUUUUUUAAAGACACUGAAACUCGAAUUCUCGGGAUUUCUUGGAGACCUACGUCCGAUCAUUUUGUGUUCACGGUAAAACCAGUUAGCAGUCUGGCGAUUACCAAGAGAGUCGAAACGUCAGAGAUCGCUCAGCUAUUCGAUCCAUUAGGAUUUCUCUGUCCGGUGAUAAUUCGCUCAAAAGCUUUAUUACAGGAGCUGUGGAUCGGGAAGUUUGAAUGGGAUGACAAGCUACCAGACCAUCUUUGUGAAAAAUGGAAGCAAUUUCGUGAGGAUCUCGAGAAUCUCAAGGACGUGGAGGUACCUCGGUGGUGGAGCAUUACAGAGAAGAGUAGACUAGAAAUUCAAGGGUUCUUGGAUACUUCUCAAGUUGCUAUGGCAGCGAUGACGAAGGUGGCUCCAGUGCAACGACUGACCAUCCCUUGCCUGGAGUUCUCAGCAGCGCUUCUCUUGGCUAAGCUCACGAGCUAUGUGCAAACUCAGUUAAAUCUCAUCGAUGUACGUGUAUUUCUGUGGACAGACUCAGCGAUAACUCUCGCUUGUGUGAGUCCACCUCCUUCUAGAUGGAAGGAGUUCAUGAAGAAUGGAGUUCUCAGUGUUCAGGGAACCGUACCUGGGAAGCAGAAUUCAGCCGAUUGCGCAUCUCGAGAUCUCUCAGUAUUAUAG